AUGACCUCACUGCUCAACAAGACAGAUUCCGGUCCUCCGCCGCCUCGCCAGAUCCGCUUCGUUAACAACCAAGGCCAACCGCCGUCCAAGCGGCGCAGAAUCAAUGCCGCUUGCUUGACCUGCCGACGACGGAAAACGAGAUGCGCUGGUGAGCGACCGGUCUGCUCGACAUGCACCAAAAAUGGACAUCAGUGUCAGGGAUAUCCAGAAGAUAGCCGAAAAGACGCUCCUGUAGAAUCGCUUGAAGCCAAACUGGCUGCUGAAGACGAUGACGUCGCUUUGGAUGACAUUCCAACCGAGGAGGACAGCAAGAAAACGGUGCGCGCGAAAUCCGAUGCUAUACCCACACCGCCAACCACCAACAGUGUCGCCAACGUCAACGGCCAUGAGACUAAAAAACAAGGCUCCGUAUCCCCAUAUCGCAAACCUUCCGUCACCCGCCCUGAACUAGACACCCUUAAGCCUCCAAUCUCUCCGACACAGCACUCAUCACACCCUUCAGCCAAUUCGGACGACACCCCAGGCUCACCGACUUUGCGCCGCAAUUACAAUCAUCGAGUGCCAUAUUUUCGAUAUUUCGGUCCGACUGCGAUUGUGCCCGGGUUCAAGCAAAUGGUCGUAUCUGUCCGAGAUAGGCGCAGGUCUACAGGGGGAUCACAGUCCGCAGCAUCGCCAUUGUCAAAUCCGAGUGGCCUCCGUGGAAGCAGUAUUGCCGUAGGUAGUGAUUUUGCCGUGGAGGACAUGCCGGUUUAUGACCCCAGUAGUCACCUACCCGUCCAUCCACUCAUUCUGUCUCUGGUCAAAACCUUCUUCCUGCACCUGGGCUGCAAUUAUCCUUUCUUGAAGGAACCCAAGUUUGUACAAAUGGUGAUGGAGAAGCGAGUCGAGCCCAUACUCGUUGAUGCCAUAUGCGCCAUUGGAGCCAGGUUUUGCGACAUUCCUCAAUUUACGGGCUGGAACGACAAGAUGCCCAGGACGGAGAGGGGGCAGGUUUUCGCACAACGAGCCAAACAAGCCACUGUGGAAACGUUUCCAUGUCCCUCUGUCGGAGCCGUCCAAGCAUUACUUCUCAUGGCUUACGAAGGCUUCGGCGCCAACCAAGACAGUGCGUUAUGGAUGUAUCUCGGCCUUGCCAUUCGGAUGGCUGUGGAUUUAGGCUUGCAGAAGAGGGUCGGCAUCCAAUAUCAGGGAGAGAAAGAUCCCUGGUACACAAGACACAGAAGCCGGGGAAAUGGAGAUUCUGAAAGUCCAGGGGAUAGGAAGACGAGUGACUCUGAUGCCCUAAGUCUUGACGAGCAGAAGGAAGUGGAACAAGAGCGCAUCGACACGUUUUGGGCCGUCUUCUUCCUGGACAGAGUCAUAUCCUCUGGUACUGGACGUCCAGUAACGUUUCGGGACGACGACUUUGAGCUGCCCUUUCCAGCCGCGAGGGUAGACCCUGCAACCGGGUGGCCGGUGCUCUUUCCAGUGCUUUUGGAAAUCAUCCAUUUGUACGGACGAGUGUCUGACAUUCUAAAUAACAUCCGCGAUAUCCGCGAUCUCACCGAAGACAAAUGGCGCAAGCUUGCUACAAUGGAACAUGAGGUUACCAAAAUGUACAAAAAUUGGGAUGCCCGGCUGCAGUUCAAUGUCGGCAACUUCAAAGCAUAUUUAGGCAUUGGGCAAGGGACGACAUUUAUACUUUUACAUUUUUGGUUUCAUGCCCUAUUUAUUGUGCUUCACCAGCCCACACUGUUAACACCCUUUGGGGGACUGCGGAGUGAGCACCAACUCCUCCCCGACAGUCGCGAGCUGAGCAUGAGCAGUGCGAAAACGAUUUGCGACAUAUUGUCAUUUGCCGAUCUCAUAGACCCAAUAAGCUUUAUUGGUAACCCGUUCACCAGCCAGCCAAUCUACAUUGCUGCAUGCGCUUUCCUCAUGGAAUCAAGUGCCAAUGCGUCUGAAGGCCCAUGGAGGGAAAGUUCCCCCCGAGCGGUGACGAAGAAGCGUCCAGCCACGCAGACACAGACGACAAGCUCUAAGCAUUCCAGGCACUCACUCCUUGCUUCUGCAGCAAACCAGAAUUAUCAGCGCUGCUAUAACUCAUUGCAACAGAUGCAUGCAUACUGGGGAGGCGUUAAAUACAUUCUCACGGCCCUGGACCAGAAGGCCAAAGGUAUCUGGGAUUGUGAGACAUUUACUUCUGAAGAGUACGAAAGCACAAAGAUGCCACCUAUUCAGCCUGGAGUUGCUGGUGACUUUGGCCAUUUGACCCAGACUUCUCCGAAAGUUGGCGGGCCACCCAUUGCUUGGAGCUUGGCUGGCACGGCGAACUCACCCAACUCGAAUCUGACUUUGAUGUACCAAAAUUCAAGUGGUCAUCUCGUCAAUAAUGCUGCUCAUCAACACGCUCAGGGUGUUCAACAACGUCAAGCAAGCACACCUCCUGGAAAUAUGCUUUACGACCCCAUCAGACAAAGCAUGCCCGCAGAACCAGGUAGCAUGUACCCGCCAGCGGUUCCACCAUCAAAUCUAACUGGGCCGACUACUUCUCCUCGCUGGACUCGGGCUAGAAAGCCGUCUACUCUAUCUAAUGCGGCCGGUCAGAGCCAUGCUGCAGGGGCCAGCGACGGGUUCUCCGACCCUGGGGCCGAAGGAUCAAAAGUUUACAUGCCCUCCGGGUUUACUCCCGUCAGCCAACAUUCUGCCAGCUAUGAAGGAUAUGCCGCGUCGCCAACGAGCAAUUUGACAGACGGUAACUCCCAAGGCCGCGGUGGGGGCACAGCUAACAAUAGUGUGUAUUACGCACAGGGCAUGCCAUAUCAAUCAUCCUGGGCAUUUGGGAAUGGAAGCAUGGAUGGCAUUACAUUCGACAGCCAGGAUAUCGAUAUUGGUGCCUUGGGCUUACAACAACCAGAUCUCAUGGGUGGAUGGCUCGAGUACAUUCCGAGUGAUGUCCUCGGCCUAUUCGAGAACCAUGACAUAAACAAUGGGCAAGGAAAUCAGACUGGUCAAUAA